GCCGGGGAGGGCGGGGAAGCCCGCGGCUCGCGCCCGCCCCGCCCCGCCCCGCCCCGCGUCUGCCUCAGAGGGGCCCGAGCCACCCGGUCCGCCGCGUCCCCGCCGCCGCCGCCGCGUCCCCCGCCGGGGCCGACCGAGCCGAGCCGGGCCGGAGCGGCGGGCGCGGCCGGGCCGCCAUGGACCACAAGCCGCUGCUGCAGGAGCGGCCGCCCGCCUACAACCUGGAGGCCGGCCAGGGCGACUACGCGUGCGGCCCGCACGGCUACGGCGCCAUCCCCGCCGCGCCCCCGCCGCCGCCCUACCCCUACCUCGUCACAGGGAUACCCACCCACCAUCCCAGGGUCUACGACUUCCGCAGCCGGGCCGUCACCCGCUAUCCUGCCAACUCUAUCGUGGUCGUGGGAGGCUGUCCCGUCUGCAGCAACUUCGUGUAUGACGAUGGGAACCAACCCCUCCUACCGGCAAAGAGGGAGAAAAGACCCUAUCAGCAGUAGACAAGUGGACAGCAACCCCCUCAACAGCCUGAGACAGGGUCUCACUCUGUUGCCCAGGCUGGAGUGCAGUGGUGCGAUCACAGCUCACAGCGGCCUCAAACUCAUGGGCUCAAGCAAUCCCCCCACCCAGCAUCCGAGUAGCUGUGACUAGAAGUGUGCACCAUCAUGCCUAGCUAAAAAGCAAUAUAUGUUGUAUGUAUAACAUUAAUUUGAUUUGGAUUACUCCUUUUUUUCCCAUAUUGGUUUUAAUACAUCUGAACAAUCUGUCUAGAAAACUGACAAGCUAGUUACAGGAAGGCUUGUGCACAUAAUUAUGGCUGAAAUUAAGCGGAUUGCAUUCAAACUACCUACGUGCUAAACCUUAACAAAGUAUAUCUGAUAUGCAGAUUAUCCUCAAUAAAUCAAAUGCUAAUUUUAUUUUAUUUUAUUUAUUUUUUUGAGAUGGAGUCUUGCUCUGUCACCCAAGGCUGGAGUGCAGUGGCGCUCACUGCAACCUCCGCCUCCCAGGUUCAAUCCCAGAUUGUCCUGCCUCAGCCUCCCGAUUAGCUGGGAUUACAGGCGCCUGCCACCACACCCGGCUACUUUUUGUAUUUUUAGUAGAGAUGGGGUUUCACUAUGUUGGCCAGGCUGGUCUGGAACUCCUAACCUCAGGUGAUCUGCCCACCUCAGCCUCCCAAAGUGCUGGGAUUGCAAACAUGAGCACUGCACCGGCCAAGUGCUAAUUUAAAAAAAACCAAAAAACAAAAGAAUGUUUAAACUACUUUCAGAGAGGUGACUUCAUAUGCUCUAAUAACUAUGCAUGCAUCAAAUGUAUCUCUACAUGCACAGACAGAUAGAAAAUAGCCUGGGAUCGAAUAACUUGAGUUAACUAAACUAGAACUAAACCAUAAACUUAACUUUGGCUAAAACGUGAGCAUGUCCACAAAGACAAUUUGCAGCUUGGCUGCUCUGGAAGGGAGGGGCCGUCUGGAGCCCUGCGGGGACCACCACGCCCAGACUUACGCCUUG